AUGAGUACAUCCGACGUCAGAUUACUGACAGAACAUCUCACAUAUCGUCCAGCAGCUCUUAUCGACGACAUAGUUAAUAGCAUCAAUAUUUUAGCGUUCAGGGCGACAGAAGCAGUUGAAAGAGGCCUCUUGGCUGCCCACCCAAGUGAUCUUGGAUUCAAGAUACCUCCUCAAGAUACACCUGAUCAAUUAGAGGAAGCUACUCAAAUCGCUUCCGAAAAAGCAAAGCAUGAAAUCGAGAACGGGGUUCAUCAGCUAGAGACCCUUCUUGAAGCCAAAAUUGACAAAAACUUCGACCGACUCGAGAUCUAUGCACUGAGAAAUAUUCUGAAUGUCCCGGAUGAUAUUAGGGAUUGGGUAUGCCUCGACCACUACAAAAACCUAGAUUUCAAUGCAAGUCAAGACACGCCAAAUACUCAAUCAAUAACUAUCCAAAGGCAAAAGCUUCGCGAAACCCAAAAAUUGCACGCGUGGCUGAAGGCUGAGUCGGUGCGAAACAAAGCGACUAUUGCAUCUCUUAACUCUCUAAUUUCUGAUAUUCCCCCAAAGAAAGAACCAGAUACCAAGACAGAAGUACCAUAUCCUGUAUUUCAAUUCCUACAAAAUCGCGGGGAGUUAACAGGAGACGUUUGUCAUCCGGUUAAAACUAGCGUUGCAUUUGCUUCAUCGCAGAUUCCAGCCCUCAAAGGCAUCACGGAAAACCUUCAGGCAAGACUAAAACGUUUGCAGCUUGCGAACAAAAUCGAAGGGGCCAGUACCGCUAAAAAUGAAGAAAAAAGCAUGAAAAGGCUGAGGACAGAAUUUAUCGAAGAGGAGACCAAACGACACCUUGAGAGCGUUAGAGGUCUCGAAUUAGGGACAAUGGGAGAAGUGAAAGACGGGGAAUGGCAAGGAGAAGGACGAAAGAUUGGAGCCAAGGAAUUAGAAGAUCUUGAACAAAUUGUGCGAUUAAUUGUGGAAAAGGAUGAAGAUAGCACAGAGUCUGAUAUAAAAAUUUCAUGA